UCAAACAUCCUUAGGCUUCUACUUGGAAAUUAAGAUCAUAAAUUGAUUGUCUAUAAGCUGAGGUGUUAAGGUGAAGAAAUAAAAUGCAGUCAGCAAUCUUUUGUUACCAUUUUAAAAAAAUAAAUUUUGUUAAAAAGAGGACAAAUCAACCUUUUAUUAAAUAAUUAGAGUUUACGUAUGCUAAUCCUACUAGGUACAACUCAGAUGCCCCUUAAAGUGAAUCUUGGGGUAGUCUCAAAUAAUCUAUCACAAUUAAGAAAGUGAAUUAUUGAACCUGAAUGAGAAUUUUUCUCUUCCUUGGGAGCCACAACAAUUAUUCCAGAAUAUAUUAAUCCCAUUUUCAACUCCUUGAAAAGGUCUAAGAAUCUCUUUAUAUAAAGGAUUCUCUUUCUGCACAAAUAAGGGGGAAAAAAAAAAAAGAAUAGAAAAGAGCAGUUGACACACAAUGGGUAUCUGCAUAUCCACUGCAUCUUUAGAGAUUCAUGCUGUUGAUUUUAGCAAUGAAAAUGUGGUUCAUUAUCAAGACAACAACAAUGGGUACCAACAAGUUGGUUCUGUUUUUUCUCAACAAGGAAGCAAAGGACUUAAUCAAGACUCUGCUAUUCUCUAUCAGGGGUAUGGUGUAGAAAAUGGAGCUUUCGGAGGAGUUUUCGAUGGGCAUGGAGAGAAUGGACAUAUAGUCAGCAAGUUAGUUGUGAAUAAGCUGCCAUCUUUGCUUCUGAAACAGAUAGCCUCUCUGCCAAAGAUCACUUCUCUGGGCAAGAAUUUUAACAAGUGGAAAGAGGCUUUUCUGAGUUCCUUUAAGUUGAUGGACAAAGAUAUUAGAAGUAUAGAGAAAUUGGACUGUUCUUGCAGUGGAACAACUGCUGUGGUUGCUAUAAGACAGGAGGAUGAUCUGAUUAUCGCUAAUCUUGGUGAUUCUAGAGCUGUACUAGGAAGAAAGUCGGAGGAGGGAGUAAUUGAGGCUGUUCAGUUAACUACUGAUUUGAAGCCUAGCCUGCCUUAUGAAGCAGAAAGAAUAAGAAAUUGUGAUGGCAGAGUGCUAGCACUUCAAGAAGAGCCACAUAUAAAGAGAGUGUGGUUACCCCAUGAAGAUGUUCCCGGAUUAGCCAUGUCUAGAGCUUUUGGAGAUUUCAUGCUCAAAAACUAUGGCAUAAUCUCCAAGCCUGAUGUCUCCUAUCACCAUAUAUCUCCCCAUGAUCAGUUUCUCGUUCUAGCAACCGAUGGGGUGUGGGAUGUGCUGAGCAACGACCAAGUUGUGUCAAUAGUAUGUGCAGCAAAUAAUGCAGCCGCAGCCUCAGAGGCAGUGGUACAGGCUUAGAUGAAUGGAAACAGAAGUUUCCUAACAGCAAGAGAGAUGAUUGCACUGCAAUCUGCCUGUUCUUGCAUCAACAAGCACCUCUGCAGAAUAGUACUUGAAGCCAAAGCUAUACACAAGUUCAUUGUGCUUAAACGUAAUCGACUAUCUGACGUGCUGGAGUUGCGACAGUUUUGGGUGAUGCUAUUUCUAUUUAGCAGUGUAGAUACACGUAAACGACUAUCUGUCAGAUUUUAAGUUCAAUGUAGAAAUUUUGGAGACUACAAAGUCGUGAGAUGAAAGUAAAG